AUGGAAGCGGAAGCCCUUGCGACAUCGCACGACAUCAAGUUGCUGAUGGCGAAUACACUUUACGAACCGGCCUGGGCAAACGAGUGGGACCGUCACUUUAAGGCAAACGGCACCAUUGACUUGCGCACGUGGGAGCGCUACGGUAUGCUGUCGAAGCACCGUCGUCAGAGGACCGCCGAGCUAGGUAUCGAGGAGGCAAGGAUUCAUGCGAGACGUGCCAGUACUUUGACUCUUUAUGGAGAACCAGUAUAG